UGUUUUGAAAGCUGUGAUGUUACGCAGGGCUAGCGUAACGAUAGCAUUUACAGCUAACACAUACUCUAAAACUAACGUAAAGUCAAGUAAAUAAUCAUAUGCUCAAUCACGAACCUCUGGAGCUGCAGACUUGAAUGGACGUUUGUUUGCACUACAGGAGCGACCAGGAUAAGUCUUCUGAAUUGUUCUUGAUAACUGAGAGGUCUCUACAGGACUUUCCUACUCGUGUUUUGCCAGUCUUUACGCCUUGGUUUCCAUCCAGCGCUGACCAACUUUUGCCAAUCAAACCAAAAAAAUCUCCUCCUGUCAUUUCAUGGAAUCAAGUUCAAAGUUCUGAAUGCACCUCCCAAAGAUCAGAGUCUGCUUAUCCAACAAGUGCCAGUGCAAAUGGUGAAGAGAAAUCUGUAGAGUCCAGUAAAAGAAAAGUAAUAUCGAACCCAGAAGCAGCUGAUGAUGACUGGCAGGUAAAAACUGAGAAUGUGGCGAAGAAAUAUAAAAGAUCAUGGUGUGUCAUACCACAAAAAACUAAAAUACCAGACAGCACGCACUCCAUUUCUAGACACUUCCACAAGAUUAUUCAGAGACAUGGACUUCACUUGCACCAGAGAGCCAAGCUGAUUAUUUGUGAGUUGAACUGUGCACCACUGAGCAUUGAGGAGGUUUGGUCCAGGAUCAGCCAAGCCAUUAAGCACGCCAGGCUUCCAACAUGCAACGCCAAUUACCAAAGAAAUGUAUCACAAAUAUGGGUUUACUGUGACAUAUUUUGCUGUGAAUACAUUGGAACUGUCUUGCGACAACAUUUUCAGCUGUCAGGGAACAUUACUUUAGCAGUUCAUAAACUAGGAGACAUAUUUAUGUUGUAAGAUUAGCAAAGAUGAGAUGUUCACACUAAUAAGUCUGUAAUGUUUUGCCCGGAAGAUGGUAUUACAGUCAUCACUGAUGUUGCUUUUAAAAUAUGCUAGAAAGUAUAUUUAGGGGAAAGGUGGUAUGUUUUAAGAAGAUCCUUUUAAAUAAGUCAACCCUAAAAAACACAAAUGUGGGUGUGGCAUUUUUACUAAGAAUUAAAUUAAGUCAGAUUGUUGCUGUGACUAUGUAUAGGCCUAGAUGUCAAAUACAAAGUCUAUUAUUUUUAGAAGCAAUAGGUGGACUAUUCACAUGCUUUUACUAAUAGUACAGCUGAAACACAAAAUACUACUAAGUGUUAUACACUGACAGUGGACUCAUGGAAAUCUAUGCUGUGCUUUUUGGCACUGAACUCAUGAAUUGUCUUACUGUAAGUACUUGUGGGGUUUAAAUUGUCGAAUGAAUAAAAUAACAUCUGCUGAA